AUGUCAUCGCAAUUCAUCAGGGAUAUUCGAGCCCGGCCUGCUGCUACUGUCGCUCUCUUUCGCAACCUGCUUCUCGGAACGGCAUCUGGUGGAGGAACCUACACUGCUCUUGAGCUUGCGGUCCAAUUCCGUGACCUGGUCCGCGCCAAUCAAGUGCCUGUCGAGGACCUAUUGGGGAGACAAACAUGGGCUUCUGUGCUGUCAUCCGGUUUACUAGAUAUCUAUGCCGAUGCCGUCUCCAGUCCCAACUUCUUCAGCCGACCAUUGGACCUUAUCUCGGCCGUUCUCUUAGCCUUUGCUGCAUAUUGCGAAGAAGUCGAAGACAGCCCACGCGUGGCAAAUCCGCUAUUGGCGCGAACCAAUACACUCUGGAUCAGUGUAUGGAAUAGGCAAGAUGAACUCAAAAGACUUACUUCGCCGGCCUACAAAGCGAAGCUCAUCAUCCCACUCAUCGAACUUCACUAUCGCUUCUCGGUUUGCUAUCUAACUGUCAAGAGGAUAGAACCCCCGAUAUUGGGCUCGUAUAUGCACUAUACCGGCUUGCUGCUCUACACACUCUCAGAUCAGGACGACAGCCCAGCAACAGUCAUGUUCAGCCUGCGUUGCUUCAGUAUGCCGGUGAUGGUGUCGCGCAUGUUCAAAAAGUACGAGGACGCCGUCGCCGAGGGAGAUGAACUGGCGCAUCAACAUAUACUGUCGCACGUCGGAAUCGAGAAACUCAUACUGAGAUUCAAGAAGACGUUCAAUCAACCGCAACCUUUGCACAUCGACGCCCUUCAUGUAUGCCUGCUCGUCCUUUGGGGCCUCGCUUGCUCUCCGUCUAUCCAACUCCUCAUCCUCAAACAUCACUUGUUCGAGGGCGUGUGUCGGGCCGUCAGCCUGCACGAUAAAAUUCACCCUGAUGCAGAAGCGCGCUUGAGGAACUGGGCUAUAGCUCUCGACAUUCUCGGUCUGCUGUCCAAAGGAAGGCUAACGCCGGGUACGAAGGAAUGUUCCGAUUACACCGAAGGUGUUCGUGGACAAGACGUAACGGACCACUUGGCUCGCGGCGUGAGACUGGCGGCAGAGAUGAAUGGUGAUAUGGUAUAUCACCAGAGUGAGGAUCCUUCUCAACGCUUAUGGCAAUGCAUACGUGACCACAACGACUUGAUCUUCAACCUUCCUCGCGUUCCACGAGCUGAACGCACGAAUCAAGCCUACGCAUCACCCAUCCAACUAGUUCAAUCGAUGAUAUCAUGGGCGAGUGAAGUCUGGCAUCCAAGCCUAUCUGCUUUACGCGCCGUGGAGAACCGUCGCGCGGGCGUUCCAGCAGUGUCUGACUACGGCUCCAUCAUUGACAUCUGGACAGAACAUGGGACUUUGUUAGGGUUACAAGGCAGCACCGAAAAGAAGGGACAGGAUACUGGUGUGAGACAACAUUGCUCAUGGGAUGGCUGCGUCUUCUCUUUCCAGCUUGCAUCAGAACCUCUCAGAGCAUGUACUGGCUGUGGCAAAGUAUCAUAUUGCAGCGAGAAAUGUCAAAAAGGCGAUUGGAAGCGUCACAAGAAGGAAUGUAAGCGCACCAAAGCUGCAUGA